AAAAGGAUUUUCAAGAACUUUUUGAAAAGUUGAAGAGAUUUCAUAUACUGUGCCACACCUGUUACAGCUCUCUGUGAACAGUGUGUACAGUGAUGCCAAUGUUCAAUAAGAUUAACUUCAUCUGUGUCUGACAAACAUACCUAUAAAUCACAUGAUCAGACUGAAUUAAUGAUAAUGGUGUUGUGUUCAACUUUCUAUCCUUGUGUUCCACAGAAAACUAUUGGAGCGAUGUGGGCUGUCAGUGGAAUGCAUAAGUCUGCAGUGAAAGUCUUGCCUCAUCCAGCCCUUGAAGACACAGUCACAGCCAGUUUUGGGAAGUUCAUCAGUGAAAUUAAGCCCCAGCACUUGUCUGCUGUGGUGCUCCAGCGCAGUAAAAGGAUGGUGUUGGACAGCAUCGGAGUUGGUCUGAUUGGAAGCACAACAGACGUGUUUGAACUGGCCCUACAGCACUGCCAGCACAUGUAUGCUCCUGAUGACAUCAGCUCUGUGUACGGACGCACAGGCACCAGACUGUCCCCAACACUGGCAGCUUUUGUCAACGGAGUGGCGACUCACUCCAUGGACUUUGAUGAUACGUGGCACCCUGCCACUCAUCCCUCAGGAGCCGUCCUUCCUGCUGUGCUGGCUCUCAGUGACAUGAUGCCACCUAACAAUAAGCCCAGUGGUCUGGACUUCUUGCUGGCAUUCAACGUCGGCAUUGAGAUUCAGGGUCGACUAAUGAGGUUCUCUAAUGAGGCCCACAACAUUCCCAAGAGGUUUCACCCUCCCAGUGUGGUCGGGACUAUGGGCAGUGCAGCCGCCUGUGCUCGCCUCUUGUCUCUGGAUCCCUCCCGGAGCAGUCAUGCCUUAGCUAUAGCUGCUUCUCUUGCUGGAGCUCCGAUGGCUAAUGCUGCCACUCAGUCUAAACCUCUGCACAUCGGCAAUGCUUCACGUUUGGGACUGGAAGCUGCCCUGCUGGCCUCCCGAGGCCUCGAGGCGAGUCCUCUGGUCCUGGAUGCUGUUGCAGGGGUGGCCGGCUUCAACGCCUUUUACGAAGACUAUGUGCCACAGCCUUUAGAGUCACCCAGUGAUGAUGGCCACAUGUUUCUGCUCGAGGAGCAGGACAUGGGCUUCAAGCGCUUCCCCGCCCAUCUGGGGAUGCACUGGGUGGCCGAUGCUGCAGCCUCGAUCCAUAAGGUUCUUGUGGGAGUCGGUCCCGGCUCCAUGUCCACAGCUCAAGUGCAGGACAUCCUGCUCCGAGUCCCCCAGUCCAAAUACAUCAACAGGCCUUUCCCAGAGUCUGAGCACGAGGCACGCCACUCCUUCCAGUUCAACGCCUGCAGCGCUCUCCUGGACGGCGAGGUGACCGUGCAGUCCUUCACCCCUGCUGCCAUUAGCCGCCCCGACCUGCUCUCUCUGCUGAGUCGUGUUCGAGUGGAGCAUCCCCAUGACAACCCCGCCAAUUUCAACCGCAUGUAUGGUGAAGUCCAGGUCACACUUGUCGGGGGAGACAUACUGAAGGGACGCUGCGACACCUUCUAUGGCCACUGGCGAAACCCUCUGACCAACGAGAGUCUGAGGAAGAAGUUCAGGAACAACGCAGAGGUGGUGCUUCCCUCAGAGAAGGUGGAGAUGCUGAUUGAUGUGGUGGAGGAGCUGGACAGACUCGGGGACUGCAGGGCCCUGCUGUCACAGCUGCAGUGAACA